AUAGCAUGUGUUUAAUGGAUAAUGUACGACUUUACUUUUCAGCUCUAAGUAUGUCUGUCUUAUACUAUGAAUCACCUACAAGUUACUUUUGCAUUCAAGAAUAUCUGUAAAAUGAAUAUGUAUGAUUAUUCUUUCAGGUUUUAGAUAGUUUAUCCGGGUAAUGUAAGACUUCCAACUUUCUUUUUUUCAGCUUCUAGACUGGGAAGCAGAGCUGGUCAUUGUUAUCGGGAAAACAGCAAAACAUGUCAAGUUAGAGAACGCCAUGCAAUACGUGUUUGGCUUUACUGCAGCGAAUGACGUUUGCGCUCGUGACUGGGUAUGGAAAAAUGCCGGCCAGGUGGUUCUUAGUUCAGCUAUGGACCAGACAUGUCCUCUCGGACCAUCAAUAGUCACUGUUGAUGAAAUAAAAGAUCCUCAUCACCUUGGUAUAAAGUGUAUUGUAAAUGGUGUUGUAAAACAAAACAGUAACACUUGUGAAAUGUUGUAUCAAACCGAAAAAAUAGUUGCCCAUAUAACGAGAUUCAUGACACUGAAACCGGGGGAUCUUAUUUUGUCAGGAUCGCCCCCGGGAGUUGGGCAUUGUAUGAAUCCGCCCGAGUAUAUAAAGGUUGGAGAUGUAGUUGAAGUUGGAAUUGAGAAAAUUGGGACAAUCAAGACUAAAAUCAUUUAGAUUUAGAAACAAACAAAAUGAGAACCACAGGAAUACAAAGUUGUGAACAGAUGUCAAGAAGGGUUUAUCAUUUUUACCCAUCGAUGUCAACAAUAUAACUUUUUAACACUACAAAUUAUUCUGUUUACGGAGUAACGACUGCAUGAAACUAACUUUGGAAGUCUUCUAGUACGGCAAAAUUAAUUAUGAUGCAGGCACGGUUUUAUUGUAUUGUUGAUUAACACCUGUAGAAAAUCGUUUAAUUAAUUCGCAAAAGUUUUAUCGCUCAUGUCGAGACAUAAAACAAUGGGAAACCUGCAUCAGGUCAAUCUCUUUUUUAACAUUCAAUUAUCAUUAAAUGUAUUCAUAUAUUCAACUCAUUAUUAAACGUAAAUCUACAUGACAAAGCAGAUAGAAGCAAUAUAAAACACUGAAUUUCCCAUAGGAAUGACAUCGUUGUCCAUGACAAACAUGUUGGAUUUUAAUUAUUCUGAUUGAAUAAAUCUUUAUGAUAAUAUCAUUAUAGCAAAAUAUUACACCGUAUUCAUAAUUGCAAAUACAUUUAUUUAUUUUCUAAUGGGUAAAUUGUGCAAAGAGACAACCAUAAUCAUAAUCAUCACACACUGUGAAAAACAAUAUCCACUUACCGGAAUCGUAUAAAUUAUAAUGUAAAAUUAAAUAUUGAUAUUUUA